GUGGCGCGCAGUCUCUGGCGAGCGAGCGCGGCGACGGGCUUCCCUCGACGCUGACACAGGGUCGAGCGCCGUGGUGGGCCAGGCGAUCAAUCGGGGCAGCGACGGGGACUGAGCAUCGGCGCUCGAGCAGCAGGCGAGCCGGCGCUGCGCAGCCAUGCGGUUGGGCGCAGGGGCGGCCGCGGGGCCGCUGCUGCUGGCGGGGCUGCUGGCUAGCUGGCCGCGGUCGAGCGCGCCCACGGCGGAGAUCCGGGCGCAGAGCUGCGUGGACGGCUUCGUGGUCCACCGCGACAAGAUCAUCCGCACCACCGACUCGCUGAGGCUCGGCGCCGAGUACCUGUCCAACUACGAGGUCGGCUCCAAGCUCGAGUGCGCUAAGUGGUGCUGCGACACCGAGCGCUGCGACGUCUUCGUCUACGAGGAGAGGAGCCUAGGCAACUGCUACCUGUUCCGCUGUGGUCCGCCGCACGAUUUCAAGUGCAAGUUCACCGGCCACGCCAACUACAGUAGCGCGGUGCUGGCCGCCUACAGCCCGCCGCCGGCGCCCGACGCCAUCGACGAGCUCAACUCGCUGAGGCGAUCGGAGCUCGCCACCUCGACCGGCAGCAGCGGCGCGACCACGGCCGCGAGCGCGGGCACCAGCAGCACCGGCCCGCCGCCCGUGAGCGCCGAACCGGCCAAAGCGAGCUGCAGCCGUAACCAGUUUGAGUGCCGCUCCAGCGGCGACUGCAUCGCCAUUUACAACGCGUGCGACGGCAUCCCCCAGUGCGCCGACGGGUCGGACGAGGCGCUCGAGCUGGGCUGCCCGCAAGAGCGCAGCAGUCCGCCGCUGCUGCUGCCGCCGCCGGUCCAGCGCCAGCCGUACCAGCACCAGACGCAGCCACUCGGACUGGUGCCCGACCUGGUCGGCUACCAGCGGAUGAUGCAACAGCAUCAGCAGUACCCCGUGCAUCUGUACCCGGCCGGAGACCUCGCGCCGGCGUCCGACACGCAGCCCGCCGACGCCGGCUGGACCAGCUACCAGACGCGGGGCCGCGAGCUCCCUGCCGCUCCGCCGCCAGCGCAACAACAGCAGGAGCAGCAGCAGCGGCAGCGGCAGCCACAGCAGCAGCAGCAGCAGCAGCCGCAACCCUCGGACGAGUUGGGUGGCCAGGGUGGCGCAGUGGUCCCGGCGCAACAGCAGCACCAGCAGCACCAGCAGCAGCAGCAGCAGCAGCCGCGGCCGCUUCCGCCCGUCGACUACGGCCAGUGGCAGGCGCCGCCGGCCGCGCCCGGCCACUGGCCCGCUUCGCUGGACGAACGACAGCCCGCCGCGAGCCCCGCCGAGGCCUACCUGGCGCACGCCUACGUGCCCGAGUCCGGUGCGCUCGCUGAGCAGCAGGUGCCUCGUAUCCUGAACGACAAGCCGAGCGGCGUGCGCCCGGACGAGCUCGAGCGGCCCGGCGGCCCCUACGGCCAGGAGCUGAGCCGCGGCUACGCGCCCUACUACCCCGCUGUGCUCCGCCAGCCGGAGUCCGUCUGGCGGGAGUCCGGCGGCGGCGGCGGCGGCGGCGGCGACGACGACGAGCCGGGACCGCAGCGCCAGCCGAGCCCCGUCGCCACGGCCCCGCCGGGGCCGCAGCGCGCGCCUUACCAGUGGCCGUCGACCACCUCCAGCACCGCCCAGCCCUGCGACUCGGCGGAGAGCAAGCAGCCGGGAUCGCGCGCUCGCGCCCCGGCCGCCGGCAGACCGAGCAGGCCGGACGGCGAGCGCACCGCCGAGCACCAGGUUGCGCCCAACGGAGCAGGCGAGCCGGCGGGCCCGAGUCGGACGGGCCACGAGUUGGAGCUGAAGACGCUGGCGCAGGCGCACCUGCAGGAGCACAAGGGCGUCGCGAUGGCGGAGCACCUGGGCCGCGCGGGCCGCGUGAGCCCGCGGAUCGAGGAGCUGCAGGCGACGCGGCCCAAGGGCGCGGUGAUCUCGCUCGCCCUGGGCCUCGGCGUCACCGCCGUCAUGGCCGUGCUCAUCGCCUGCCGGCUGCGCGUCGUCAAGCGCCGCGGCCGCAGACGCUCCCACGACUCCUACGCCCACGACACCGACUACCUGGUCAACGGCAUGUACCUCUGAGGCCGCGCCACCGCCGCCGUCGUUUCCCCCUCCUCGCUCGCCUCGACGGAAAGGCCGGGACGUCGCUCGAUUACGCAGCCCGGGUUCCGAGCGACCAUCGCGGCACGACUCGUUCGCGCUCGAUCUGCCGAGUCGCGAACGUACAGCUAUCGACGCGUGUGCCGUUCUUUGAUCCGAGGUAUACGCGUUUGACCGAAGAAGGCAAACAGAGCAAAAUCGCGUUCGAUCGAUCCGAGAGUCAAGUCCCGCAGUUCUCGCUCGUGGCUCUGGUCAACGCGCGCGUUCGCCAACUGUCAUCGUUGCGCCACUUUCUUGUUGCUGGUUCGACUCGAGAGCUGCGUCCCUCAAGGAAAACGGCGGCAGUCAUCGUUAAAAGACGAAGAGCAGGAGGUGUUUGUACUUCGGGAACCCGUAGAUGUGAAUAUAAUGACUGUUUUCAAAGCAUUGACGAACGAUCGAUUACAAUAAAGAUGUUAUU